AACAUUCAUGUCUAGGUGCCUGUGUAUUUCCAUAGUAGGGGUAACUAUAUUAAAAGAAGGUAAAUAUUUCGUGACAUACCCCUGUGGACGCACCGGAUAUAUGAAAUUUUAUCUAUUUCUGAUUAUGACACCUUUAAAUGCGAGGAAAUAUUUUCGUAAAUGUUGCCAAACGACGACUGAAAAAUUGUGUUAGUGGUUUUUGUUCUGGUACAAAGGUUCAUAAGGACAACGAUCGCCACAUUUUGUGAAACCUUCCAUAGCCAGGACCGUCAUCUUAACAUAACUCUCGGAAGGAAUGGGUGAUGUCUCGCUUAAUUCUGCUCAGCACUUUGUUCUUUGUACAAUCUGUGAUGGAAAUGCCAAAUUCCUCUGUAAUUCAUGCCAUGAUGACCUCUGUCAAACCUGCAGGAAAUGGCAUCUGAGUAGCAACGCCACCAAACAUCACGAGGUCGUGAGCUACACCGAUAAAGAAGUCGAGAGGGAAGAAGUAGUCCAAAGGAUUUAAUAAAGAGACUAUACUAGUAUCAGAUGCACGUCCAGCAACAUUGAAUUGAAACACAACAGACGCAACAUCCGAACACGAAAAUGAAACGGUUAGUGAUGAAAAGAAAGAUACAUCCCGUUCUUCAUUCUCGGGUAUAAGACUUGAUGCUCAGUAGCUUUAAACAGAUGUUUCAUUGGUUCAAUAUGUCAUCAAAGACAACAUUCCCCCAAAAGUCAGCGAUUUAUACUAAAAUAAGCCAAGAUGAAAAAAGCCAAGAGGAAACAUCAGCUCGAAGUGUCGUCGGAGCAACAGUUUUCAAAAACAACCCACACAAUCCAGAUUUAACGUCUGCUCAGUGGCCAAUUGUCGCCAAAUCUGACGAAUAUUCCGACCUUGUCCUUACAUUAACCUUGGAGAAAACUGUUCUUCUGCCAAACCUUACUCCUACGUCAGGAUGUCAUAUUUCGUGCGCAGCGUUAAAUACAAUGUGGGUUAGUGACAUGAGUGGGUCCCUGAUUCUAUUGGAUUUCAAGGGAAAAGUUCUGAAAAGAAUUAAAACCAGAAGCGGUGCUGGUUUUCAUACAAUGACACAAGAUGGCAAACUUCUUUACACCGACAUGGAGAAUAAAAAAAUUUUUAAACUAAAAGUGUACAAGUACUGUAGCGAGAAUUCAAAAGCAUUGAAAGCAAGUCGUCGCAAGGCCCUUUUUAAGAAAACUGAGAAUUGGACGCCACUUUGUAUAUAUUCAUCGCGCUAUACUGGUGACCUUCUUGUUGGUAUGGUAAAUGAGCACCGAGCAAGGAUAAUGCGAUACGAUUCUAAGGGAAAAGAGAAACAAGGAAUCGAAUUUGACGAUAAGAAUGAUGCUCUCUAUAGUCUUCCUCAGUUUGUGACAGAGAACGCCAAUAUGGACGUGAUUACGUCAGACCGAACGGAACUGGUGGCGGUGGACAUUACCGGCGGAAGGAGGUGGAUCUACUCCGGUACCGGUAAAUCCGGAUUCCUUCCCGCUGGGAUCUGCUGUGAUUUGCUUAUGAACAUUGUAGUGUUUGAUGUUUUCAGCAACAAAGUUCACUUGGUGGACAAAGAUGGCAAUUUUCUGUCGCGUCUGUUAGUCCUGGGAAAUUCAUGGAUACCACAGGGAGUGUGUUUUGAUAAAGAGGGUCGUUUGUUCUGCGGCGAUCGCUCCAAAAUUUAUGUAUACAAAUACAAACAUGUAUAAUUCAAACAAUAACUGUUAAAAGUAUUUACAUACAGGGUACAGAAAACAAACAAACAAACAAAGAGAAACUCUCUUGGCUCAAAUUAUAUUCUAUAAAUAUUGCAUGUAGUUGAGUGUAACAUUGAAAAUUUUCAUCCCAAAAAAGCCAUUGUCAACCUCGGUUGCGCCUCGGUUGACAAUGGUUUUCUAACUGUUCUUGGGGUGAAAAGCAGCAGCAGUAUUUUUCAUUGAGGAGCAAUUAUAGAUUUAUGAUUUAUGAUUAUAUUUCUGGGCGUUAUUUUUAUCAUUCAAAAGGUUUUAUUCCGAAAAUGGCAUAAUAUGUUUCUGAUAACAUUUAACUUUGAAUUUUUUUACAAAUCCA